UGGCAAAUCCGAUUGACACGCAGUCAGAAAACGUCGAAACGCGAGUCUUUCGUGUUUUCACGUUAAAUAAACUUUUAUUUCAAUCUUUUUGCCGCCGUAUUAAGUUUUUCAACAAAUUGUACAUAACUAAGCACUUGUAGGCAAUUGAAGACGUGUCCUGUUUCAUUUUGUAAAGAAGAUCUCUGAAUUUUUCUUCGAUUCGACGAACAGAGAUGUCCGAGGUUGUAGAGGAACUAGUUCAGCAAGUGCAGGAAAAUCUGACUGAAAGCGCCAACUCGGCAGCAACUAAUGGCACUGCAAAAGUUCCUUCCACGCCGGAAGGUAUGGCCCUGGCGUACGGAACGUUAGUGGCAAUGGCCAUGUUGCCGAUUUUCUUCGGUUCGAUACGCUCUGUUAAGCACCAUAAGGAACAGACGAGUACUUUCCAGAAGACAGGUGAAAAACCCGACACGAUGACCUCCAAGGACGCAAUGAUGUUUCCAAUAAUGGCUUCCUGUGCACUGUUUGGAUUGUACAUGUUUUUCAAGAUUUUUUCUAAAGAUAACAUCAACUUCCUGCUGACUGGCUACUUCUUUUUCCUUGGUGUGAUGGCGCUAUCGCAUCUGUUAAGUCCAGUCAUCAGCUCCCUGAUUCCGGCGGCCAUUCCGAAAAUUCCGUAUCACCUGUCGUUUAUACAAGGUCCAACGGAGGGUGUAAAGGGCGACAAAAAGACCUAUUUGAUCGACUACAAGUUCACUACGCACGACGUUGUCUGCUUCAUCAUUUCGUUGAUCAUAGGAAUUUGGUACCUGAUGCAAAAGCACUGGAUUGCCAACAAUUUACUAGGGCUGGCCUUUGCUGUAAAUGGCGUGGAACUGCUGCAUUUGAACAACAUUGUAACCGGUUGUAUUCUGCUAAGCGGACUGUUUUUCUACGACAUAUUUUGGGUGUUUGGAACAAACGUGAUGGUCACCGUGGCUAAAUCUUUCGAAGCUCCGAUCAAACUGGUAUUUCCCCAGGAUCUUAUUACCAAUGGAUUAUCGGCGUCAAAUUUUGCUGUUCUCGGUUUGGGAGAUAUUGUGAUUCCGGGAAUAUUCAUCGCUCUUCUGCUGCGCUUUGACAAUAGUCUGAAGCGGAAAAGUAAUCUAUAUUUUUAUGCUACAUUCACGGCGUACUUUUUCGGUUUGUUGGCAACCAUCUUCGUGAUGCAUGUGUUCAAGCAUGCCCAACCUGCGCUGCUCUAUCUGGUGCCCGCUUGCCUUGGAACACCACUGCUGCUGGCACUUCUGAAGGGUGACAUCAAGAAGUUGUUUGCCUAUGAGGAUCACCCAGAAGAGAAAACCAAGGACACAAAGAAAUCUGACAAGUCGUCCGGCGAUGAAAGCACCAAAACGAAAAAGGAAAACAAGAAAAAAGAAUCUAAGAAAGUAAAAUAAGUUGCUUCUGAUGUACUGCCACAUAAUGCAAAAGAUAACACGUUGCGUGUUUGAGUAUUUAUCAACUGUUUAUAACAGUACAUUAAUGUCUGCUCACAGCCAAGCAGAGCUGCUUCCAUAAAUGUCAUGAAGAAUGUUUCCUCGACACGACAGAAGCCACAACUUCCAACACACAUACACACGCACAUUCAUGAAAAUAGUUCCGCUUCCUGUUCUGACUUAUUACUGCGCUAUUUAGAGAAUUUCUAGACCAAUCAAUAUUUCCCUUUCCUAUCCAGUAUUCGCUAGGAGCAAACAAUUUGAAUUGAAAUAGUGUUCUGUCUACACAGGGCCAUGAAGGGCCGCAAUCUGCUCAAACAAACUCUGAUAGAAAGUGACAUUAAAAUAAAAUCAAAUUUAAAUCAAACUAAACAGAAGUAUGUCGACCAGAUGUACAAAUAAAUAAAGAAUGUGAACGCAGCUGUUUGGUGGUCCAAAACAAUCUCUCGAAUGAGGAGAAAACGCGUACUAUUUUAACCUGUUCAAGGAAAAUAAUAAGAAAAAGAGCUUUUAUUGUGAUCCUUUUUUUGAGAGAGAGAUAAAUAAUUAUAGUUCUAAUCUGCACAAUAUACAUUAAGCUGUACUUAUGGUAUGGCCGUGUCCUUUAGUAUAAUUCUUUGCUUAUGUUUUUGCUAAGUUUGCGACUGACAAAUUUAUUUUUAUCAUACAUACACAUGCUAGUGAUAUUUGCUUCGUUAGGGUGAGAAACAUUUGAAGAGCUAACCACACAACAACAACAAAAAACUAACAUGGAACUUUCAGUUUUAUGUUUCAAGGCUCACUUUCGUUGGAAGUAAUUUUCUUGAGGAAUACAGGAAACAAUUUGAAAUAUUUUUUUUUAAAAUAAUGCAAUUUUAAAGCGAAAAAUAAAACAUUGCUAAAAAGGGAAAUAAGUUAAAAUAAAUAGAAUGCUGCAUUGAAAGCAGAUUAUGAUUAUAAA